GACAGGAAGUGGUUUGUUGUCUGAUUUUUACUGUCGUUGACUUUACUUCCGCCACAGUUACCGUCUCAAAGGUAGCAGCAAAGCCAAGCUGACCCGCACAGUGAGCGGACUCAGCGGACCCCUCAGAAGAUGUCCCGAUACGGUCGGUACGGAGGAGAGACAAAGGUGUAUGUGGGAAACCUGGGUACGGGGGCAGGGAAAGGUGAACUGGAGCGAGCCUUCCAGUACUACGGACCCCUCAGGACUGUCUGGAUCGCCAGGAACCCACCAGGGUUUGCCUUCGUAGAGUUUGAAGAUGCACGAGAUGCUGACGACGCCGUCCGAGGGUUAGAUGGCAAAUUGAUCUGUGGGAGUCGUGUGCGGGUUGAACUCUCCACUGGGAGUCCUCGCCGCUCUCGCUUUGACCGACCUCCCACCAGACGACCUUUUGACCCCAAUGAUAAGUGUUACGAGUGUGGAGAGAAAGGCCACUAUGCCUACGACUGUCAUCGCUACAGCCGUCGGCACCGGAGGAGCAGGUCCAGGUCUCACUCCAGGUCCCGCGGGAGGCGUUACUCCCGCAGCAGGAGCCGAGGGAGGAGAUCCAGAUCCAGGUCCAGGUCCUUCUCUCCUCGGGGUUCCCGUUCAGUCUCUCCCAGGAGAUCCCGAUCUGCUACAUCCAGGAAGUCCAGGUCCACAUCCAGAUCCCAAUCCACAUCCCGAUCCAGAUCCAGAUCCCGAUCCCGGUCCAGGUCUAAGUCUAGGUCUAGAUCUCGAGACUGGAGCAGGUCUGGAUCAAUGGGUCACUCUCGAUCUGGAUCUCCAGCUAGAAGUCGUUCGUCCUCUGGCAGUCCUCCUGGAGAUGUCUGAUGAUCUGAAGGUUUUUUCUCUGUUUUUCUCUGUUUGUGUGAAUUAAUUUUAUUUGGAACACAUUUAAUUGUUGUAUUUCAGAGAUUUUUAUGAACAGACUGUGGUCUCUUUCAAAACAUUAUUAUUAUUAUUAUUAUUGAUCUUCAUGUUUGUAGGUGAGUUUACUUCCUGUUAGUCCACUCAGUCUCGCUGCACUGAUCAUCUGAAGACUCAAUAAAGAUUUCUACACCAUCUGAUCGUGAUCUGACUGCUGACUUGCUAAGGGAAUAUUGUGAUGGUCACUGGUGUCAGCUUUAACGUGAAUUAAAAUGACCCUAAAACUACAUUUUAAACUGAGAGAACAUUAGAUGUGUUACUGCACUAAAUUUGCCUUAUUUGGACCUACUG